AUGUUGUCCUGUGAAAGCACUCAGAAGGCAUUGUCGGGUCGCUCUCUUUUUCCUGAUGAAAAGUUCAAAAAGGAAAGGCAAACCUACGUUAAAUGCGGAGUUUUACGACCACCAGAAAAGAUUCUUAUGUCUCGGGAGCCGAAAUUGUCAGGGCUUAUCAAAACUCCAUCCAAGUCCACUGAGCUCCGUAAGUAUAUUGAGAAAAAUUGGAAUUUCAAUCCAACAAUGAUGGACUCCGAUUGGUAUGAUGAUAUGGAAAUAAGGGAACGGUCCGAAGAAUUUGAUUGGGACAACAACCUUUUCGAUGCUGUCACCCAGUUCGAGCCUUUUCACAAGGGGAGGAAACCUUCAAGCUUAUUUGAUCACGUGGCUCCCUUGUUUCAAGAUGCAGCAGAUGCACUCAAGAAGUUGAAGGGAAGACUCCACGUUGAAGUCCUCUGUGGGGACAUUAUCGAGAUAUCCAAAUGGUUCCGAUUUGGCACUUCGCCUACCAGAACUCCACCAUCAAACGAGUUUCCCACAGAAUUUGAUGGUAUUCACCUAAGUAACAUUCCUGAUUAUAUUGGUGGUAAUUUAUCUACUUUUCUACAUAUCACUCCGAUUUUGAACAAAGAGCCAACCAGCUUUGUGCAAUCCAACUGCUUGCGUAAUGCAGGAAGCUGGAAAUCCAUAGAGGCGUUUUUGGCAAAUUAUCCAUGCAUCACGAACAAGACCAUGCUAAAACAACUCACUGGUGUUGAAGUCAUGCCUCGACCUUUCAGUGUAUCACAAGAAGACUGGUCGACUUUGUUGCCUCGAAACGAAUACCAAAAAUGGUUCUACGCUCUGUUUUUUAGACUUGCAUUGCCAUACAACGUCGAAAUCUUCCAGCCUGACACAAUUAUCUUCUCACCCCUCAAUCUCAGCAUCCCCUUUCGUUUAAUGGAUGAACUUCGCUCGCGUCAUUAUCCCUCUUGUUGGAUGUCGGAAAUAGUUUUGAACAUCUUCGAAAAUAAAGUUAUCAGUAGCUGUCGUCCUCCUAGAAUGACGCCAACAUCCGUUUCGGCAUUGGGAAAGCAGCACAAGGCCAGAAACCUCUGCACCGCUCCGUUCUCUCACGAGAUGGCAACUCUCACACAAAUUUUAAUCCCACUUCUUCCUUUUAGUUUGGCAUCAUCGGCUAUCCCAGAACAGAACGAUAUUCAUAGAUAUACCUUCCCAUUUCCUAGCAUUUUCAGUUAUCAAGAAAUGCCAAAUACCCUCACACUCAUAUUCUGGAGUCACCGAUAUUUCAUGGAUCUAGGUGAGAUGGGUAGCUAG